GAAAGAGCACACCUCAGGCAAGACACGAGGGCAACUUCAGAGACACUGUUUUCAGGGCCAAGGAGAAUUCUCGGAGUCUAUGAGUUGCCUCCAAAACAGCCCCCAGGACAUGCAGUCCCAGAGACACCGCAAAGCUGGAAACAGACAUUUCAUUCCUUCCCAUUUCCACUGCCAGAAAACGACUGGGCCCUUGAAAGAGCUCCAAGGUAUCCCCAAAGUCCCAGCCAGUCUUUGGAGGGUUUCAGAGGGCUGUCUAGGGUUCCAGAAGUCACCCUACCUCAUACAAUGCUCCUCCUGGGCUUCUCGCACGGGUGAACCCCACGGCUCCAGAACAACUGCCCUUUCCAACUUGCAGAGCACCUCAAGGACCUAAAGAUCGCCCCGGGGAGGGCUCCAAAAUAUAGAGUUUGCAUCGUGAACUCCCACCUCUGUAAAGCCCAGGACUCCAGUCCUCGCACCCCUCCGUCUCCCAGAGAACCCCAGGGGUCCAGAAAUACCAUCUCACUGCCUUCCAAGCUUCCCAAGGAUCCAGAGACUCCUUAUCUCGCAGCACAAACCUCAGGCAACUACAGGUCCUCCCUGCAACUCUGAGUUGCCCCUCCCCCCAACUCAAGGUUCCAGAAAAAUCCAUGCCCUCCAAAACCCCAGAAUCUGACUUACUUUCCCGAGGCACCCCCAGGACCCCAGGGUCAUCAUUUCACGGGACUCUUAAUGCUCCCAUAAAACUAUGGCCUCCCAGAGGGACCCCAGCCCCCCAUCACCCCGCCCACGAAACCCUCCAUUCCUCGAAUCAGCCCCUGGGCCCCAACCCCACCAAGCCCCCAUUUCACAACACACUCGCGCUACAGGCGCGUGACUUCCCCCUGCUUUGGGGCGGGGGCUGAGACUCCUGUGUGCUCCGGAUUGGUCAGACACGGCCUUCGGCCCCGCCUCCUGCCACCGCAGAUUGGACGGUAGCCCGCUCCGAGCGCCCCGCCUCCGAGGGCCAGCGCACUAUAAAAGAAGCCGCCCUAGCCACGUCUCCUCGCAGUUCGGCGGUCCUGCGGGUCUGUUUCUUGCUUCAACAGUGUUUGGACGGAACAGAUCCGGGGACUCUUUCUUCCAGCCUCCGAGCGCCCUCCGAUUUCAUCUCCACUUGCAACCUCCGGGACCACUUCUCGGCCAUCUCCUGAUUCUGGGACCUGCCAGCACCGUUUUUGUGGGUAGCUCCCACUUGCCGACCAACCAUGAGCUCCCAGAUCCGUCAGAAUUAUUCCACCGACGUGGAGGCAGCCGUCAACAGCCUGGUCAAUUUGUACCUGCAGGCCUCCUACACCUACCUCUCUCUGGGCUUCUAUUUCGACCGCGAUGAUGUGGCUCUGGAAGGCGUGAGCCACUUCUUCCGCGAAUUGGCCGAGGAGAAGCGCGAGGGCUAUGAGCGUCUCCUGAAGAUGCAAAACCAGCGUGGCGGUCGCGCUUUUUUUCAGGACGUCAAGAAGCCAGCUGAAGAUGAGUGGGGUAAAACCCCGGAUGCCAUGAAAGCCGCCAUGGCCCUGGAGAAAAAGCUGAAUCAGGCCCUUUUGGAUCUUCAUGCCCUGGGUUCUGCCCACACGGAUCCCCAUCUCUGUGACUUCCUGGAGACUCACUUCCUAGAUGAGGAAGUGAAGCUCAUCAAAAAGAUGGGUGACCACCUGACCAACCUCAACAGGCUGGCCGGCCCGGAGGCUGGGCUGGGCGAGUAUCUCUUCGAAAGGCUCACUCUCAAGCACGACUAAGAGCCUUCUGAGCCCAGCGACUUCUGAAGGGCCCCUUGCAAAAUAAUAGGGCUUCUGCCUAAGCCUCUCCCCUCAGCCACUAGGCAGCUUUCUUAAUGACCCUAACAAGCCUCGGACCAAAUGGAAAUAAAGCUUUUUGAUGCA